ACCAGGAAGUAGCUGUACACCAAGAAGUGUAGUUCACAAUUCCGCAUGUAUAUUCAUCGUAAGGAAGCAAAAAACCACAUUUCCCUGGGUGGAACCAGAUAAAGCUUCUGAUGAAGGGUCUGGGAAAGCAGAAGUCAGUCGAGAGGAUUAACGUAACAGUUGUUUUAAUGUUGAAAAUACAUCGUUUUGAAGACUGCCGAGCAUCGCAGUGAAUCCCUGACCAGCUGUCCUCCCGACCGUGUCCACCACCAUGGCGAUCUUGUUUGCGGUGGUUGCCCGCGGCAGUACCGUCCUGGCGAAGCAUGCGUGGUGUGGCGGUAAUUUCCUGGAGGUGACAGAACAGAUCCUAGCUAAGAUACCCUCCGAGAACAACAAGCUCACCUACAGCCAUGGCAGCUAUCUCUUCCACUACAUCUGCCAUGACAGAAUCAUUUACCUCUGUAUCACUGAUGAUGACUUUGAGCGGUCACGCGCGUUCAGCUUCCUGGGAGAGGUGAAGAAGCGUUUCCAGACCACGUAUGGUUCCAGAGCUCAGACAGCUCUUCCCUACGCAAUGAACUCAGAGUUCUCCUCCACUCUGAUGGCUCAGAUGAAGCACCAUUCGUGUCCUCCAUCAGAUCGCCUGGCUGAGACUCAGCUGCAGGUUGACGAUCUUAAAGGCAUCAUGGUGCGUAACAUCGACUUGGUGGCUCAGAGGGGAGAGAAGUUGGAGUUGCUGAUUGAUAAAACAGAGAACCUGGUCGGCUCAUCUGUGAGUUUUAAGACCACCAGUCGUAACCUGGCCAGAGCUAUGUGCAUGAAGAACCUCAAACUGACUGUCGUCGUGGUGGUGGUGUCACUGGUGGUCCUGUAUGUAGUUGUGUCUGCAGCCUGCGGAGGACUCAGCUGGCCCAACUGCAUCAGGAAAUGAGAGGGGGAGAAUGGGGAGAGGAGGGGGAGGACGAGGAGGG